AUGGGCAAGGGAGGCGAGAGGUUCUGUCUUGGAGGAGAUACUAUCUUCCAUCGGAAACAGCGUCAGACGAUGCAACAACUUAUCUACCGCGACAAGUGGCACGAGCACAUCAAGCACUUCUAUGAGUACAUCACGCUCCGGCUUCUGCACGAGAAAAGCUGCAAAAUCGCCGGGAUCAAUCAGGUCGACAUUACGCGAGACGUCGGCAAUCUCGCGCACGUACACUUUGCAGCCAAUAUGUUCGAUCUGCCUCUUAAGACGGCAGAGAACCCCAGGGGCAUAUUCUCGGAGCAAGAGCUGUGGAUGGCCAUGAGCGUGAUUUUCACCGCCAUCUUCUUCGACUUCGAGCCCACAAAGUCCUUUCCUCUCCGGAUGGUGGCGAGGAAGCUGUCCAACUUGCUCGGCAAGCUCAUUGAAGCCAACAUCAAGUCUGUGACGGCUACGUCCUUUGCAGCCAAGUUCUUCGAUGGCUGGAGAGAAAACAACAACGCGCUCGCCGACUAUGGUAUUCACAUGAUUCGUCGCCUGAGUGAGACCGGCAUGAGCACCUACGACAUGGCCUUCAGCCAGAUCUUACCGACCGCUUGUGCCCAGGUGCCGAACCAGUCUCAAGUCUUCACACAGAUCAUCGACUACUACUUGAGCGACGAGGGUCUCAAAUAUCUCCCGGACAUCCAACGGCUUGCCAGGAUCGACAGCAAGGAAUCCGACGACCAACUGCUCCACUACGUCAACGAGGGCAUCCGCCUGAAUGGCACCUUUGGCAGCUAUCGCCGGAGCCAAGUCAACCACACUUUCCACGACGACGGGAAGCAGGUCACAGUCAAGCCCGACGACAAGGUCUUCUGCGGAUUUGUGAAAGCCGCCCGGGAUCCCGCCAUCUUCCCGAACCCCAACGAGGUGCGCCUGGACCGACCUCUGGACUCGUAUAUCCACUACGGCAUUGGAGAGCACGCCUGCCUUGGAAAGGACGCGAGUAUGGUGGCUUUGACCGCCAUGCUGAGGACGGUCGGCAAGCUGGAGAACCUGCGCCGCGCGCCAGGACCGCAAGGGCAAUUGAAGAAGAUCCCACGUGAUGGAGGUUUCUACGUCUACAUGCGAGAAGACCAUGGCUCCUACUUCGUCUUCCCAUGCACGUUUAAGGUCCACUACGAUGGGACGCUGCCUCCCUUGCCCAAGGCCGAGGCUGAGCAUUGA